GCGGAAUUUUAAUAGGCCUGUAAAAGCAGAAAACUGCUUCUGCUGGUUUUUUUUUUUACAGCACAAGAGGGGUUCUUGGUUCAAGGUUGUGUCACAGUCACAACAGUCACUGCGACCGUCCGUGUUUUUACACUUGAAAAUAACGCAGGAGCGGCUCCAAAGAGCAAAGUCUAAAACAAAGUUACACCUAAAAACGCGUCGACAUUAAACUUUUCGGACUUCUCUUUUUCUUGUCGCCAACAUACCCGUAAAUAAAUAGGGUAGAAACACCAAGGCCCACUCCAUUAAAAUAAACCACCCAGUAUUGUCCGUGACCGUGUCCAAAACUAUAAAUUGCCACCCGGUUGUCUUAUCCUGUGAUCUUAAUAGCGUCCUGUCGCUUUAAACGUGUAGAGAGGGUGGUGAAACGCUCUGAGUGGAGAGAGGAGGAGGAACAGUUCGCUGAUAGCGCCAUCACGCAGCUGCAGUGCGAGACAGACCGGGAAGGGUCUUGAGUUGAGGUGCUGUAGUAGUUGAUUCAGCAGAAGACGCACCGAAAAAAUAACGCCUUAAACGUUGUAACGAAAAUCAUGUGCCUCUCAAACGCCUUCUUCGGAUCGUGGUAAACCUUAGAGGUUAUCCGCGAGUCAGUAAAGGAUAAAAAAAAAAAAGAAGCGAGCAGAUGUGUUACCAAGCGCCUGAACAAACUUGGGUCUUUUUUUGCGCUUGCCGGAUCAAAUAAAAACAAACAAUACAAUAUACAGGCUAGUGUACUAAAAGAACCACAGUCGCAACCCGAGAUCAGCGAACUGGGGAUCGUUACAGAAUAAUUAAAACGGUGUGGAUUUUGUGGAGAUAAAAAGAAUCGCAUGACGGUGCACACACAGUACUGCAACUCGCGUUUGCCUUGCCGUGGCACAGUCUCGGAUAAGGGAGUGUCUGAGCGAGCUCGCCUGUUUUACUUGAGGGUUGAUCGAGAGGAUUUUGGGGUGUCAAGACCAAUGGUGGGGAGACUGCAAUGGCUGUGACCUGGAGAUAUCUGGAAAUCCUCGUACCGUAACGUCUCCGCAUAGCCCGCCUCCAGUGAGCAGAAGGGACUCGAGCUUAUUUCGGACUUGCCUAGGGAAUCUCCCAUCCCGAAUCCUCCUCCCCUCGUUUCUCGGGAGCCGCGUCAGAAUGCCGAUCCUCAAGCAGCUGGUUUCCAACUCGUCCCAGUCCAAGCGCCGCUCGCGGGCCGACCUCACGGUGGAGAUGAUCAGCGCCCCCCUGGGGGACUUCCGCCACACCAUGCACGUGGGCCGGGGCGGGGACGCCUUCGGGGACACGUCCUUCCUCAGCACCCGCUCCGGGGAGCCCCCCCGCGAGGGGGACAGCCCGGCGCACUCCCCGAGCCCCAAGCCGGGGCUCUUCUCCCGCACGUUCCGCCACAGCCGGCGGUCCCAGUCCGUCACGCGGGCCGACAAGCGGGAGUCCACUCUGGCGCCGCCCAGGGGCUCCCCCACCUUCGUGAAGAACGCGGUGUCCCUGCCGCACCUCAACGACGAGGACGGGGAGAGAAGGGCUGGCCGCGUCCCCAAGAGCCUCUCCUCCAGCCCCCUGAAGAAAGCGCCGGACUCCGAGAAGCCCGCCAACGGUGCCGCCGCCGCCGCCGCCGCCCCCUCUGGCAUCAACAGGCCCUACGACCCCGAGCUGGACGAGAAAAACUUCGGCGAGCUGACGGACCUCCCCCCGUCGUCGCCCCCUAGAGUCGGGGGGGGGCUGAAACACGCCGAGUCCGUCAUGUCCUUCCACAUCGACCUGGGCCCCUCCAUGCUGGGAGACAUCCUGAGCGUCAUGGAUAAAAGCGCCUGGGAGGAGGACGAUCUGGGGUUCGAGGAGGGGAGAAGCAGCGAAGGCAGGGGCUCGCCACCUCUUCUGGGCCAGGGGGAGGUGGAGUCCCGACCCCCCAGGGCGUCAGACAGCCAGGCUCACCGCGCUGGCCCCCUGACCCCAGAGCCUCAGCCCCGGCGCCAGCACCCGGACACCUCGUCCGUCUCCAGUGCGGGAUCGGCGGCCCUGGAGGGGAGCCCAGGGCAGGGGGACGCGGAGAGCGUCCAGUCCGGCUCGCCGCAGGGGGAGGACGAGAAGGACUUCUCCUUCAUGGACGAGGACGACGACGAAAUUCGAGUAUAAAGAGGAGAGACAAGUACGAUCGCAGUCGAAUCCAUAAUGGCAUCUAGGACCUGGGCUUUUAGAGAAGGCACUAGCUGGGGGGUUUGGCUCUACCAGUCAACAGGAAGCUGCAGUUCAGUCCAUCAUAAGCAAAAGGGAAAAUAAAUGAAUAUUUGAGUCGGAAUCACAGUAUAAAACCUCGUCCUGUAUCGCUGUGACUGUUCCUGCACUCUGCAGAUGCCCUUGCUUCUGAACCAGCAGGAGACUGCGUGGACUAUUAUGCUGAAAUCCUGAAGUGGUCCAGCAAGGACCAGGAAUUAAGAAAACGACCUCUGAAUUCUUGAAACAUUGUCAUGACUGUUUUAACCUGUUCGUUUUUCUGAAAUGACAGCCAAGUUUUUACACGCACUCAGCCAUGUGCCGUUGUGCAGUUGUAUGCUGUAGAAGAGAACACUAUUCCACCACUGCUGCUGCUCGCACACUGCUGUCAGAACCAGAACCCUCACGCUUUCUGGGCCAUGCUCCUCCUGAUGACGUUUCUAAACAUUUACCUGCACGCUGUCCUUUACCCGCUCCAGCGCUUUGUGAACAAACGGCAUCAAGUAAUGUGAGGUUAUCGCUGCAGUUCAGUUUUCGAGCGGCGCUGCAUUUAGAGAUUACAUUAUCCAGUGCAACGGAAGAAAGGCGGUUCCUUAUCGUGAUCGAAUGCAGGUGGCGCCAAAUGCUUUCAAACAGGAAGCGGGAUUUCUUUGCUUAACCACAAGGGGAUAUACUGACAGCUGUUCUUAAAACAGUACAGUCAGUAUUGGGGCCCCUAAACAUUGAGCAGAAUGGCUGAGGCUGUGCUAUUGAAGUGGACAUGGGCGACCGCAGUGUAGGAGUAUCAGCAGCAAUGAUAAGCUUUCCAGUCGUCACAGCAGAGUCGGAUCACAGACGAGGCAAGGCCACUGCAAUCUUCUAGCUCUUUGCCUAAAGAACACCAGCCCCCCCCAAGGAAGCCGAUUGGAAUGAGCCUGAGGGUCAAGCCUACAUGGACUGAACUGUGUUUUCCUGCAGUCUGGAAGAGCUGGGAGAGGAAAGGGGAGGGGAGGGACAGUGCAUUCAUCCCCUGGCUGUGGUUUCUGGGAGGCAGCCGCAGUUGAAGAAUGUUGUCAGUGGGAAGUCAGGGCCAGAAAGCCUUCUCAGCUCUCUAAAAUGCAGGUUUAUUAAGUGAUUCAUGGUAGCUAUUUUAUUAUAAUAAAAUCUCUCUUGAGAUUAAUACAGUAAUGGGGUGGUUUUCUUUAUAAUAUUGUUUUUAUUUUCAUUGUUGUACCCUUUUUAUAAACAUAGGACCUAUAAAAGUAUUAAUCUAGGGCGAACUUUGGUUUAUUUCUUUUAUCGUCUACCCGCUUCCUCCAGACACCUGACGGGAAGGGUAGAGCUCCGCUGCUGGCGUGCAAUUUCCUGUGUGCAAAGGAAGAGAGGUCCAGUGUGCAGUGCAUUAUGGGAAUGGCAGUCCAUGGAAGAGAGCAUUUCAGUAUCGGGCAUGAGACACUGGCUACGAACGGAGAUAAAAAGACACCCCAAACCUGGGAUUGCUAAAAAAAAAAUGGAUUGUUCUGGAAGUCUUUUGAGAGUUACCCCCACCCUGCUUUAAAAUUCACAGUGCAUUCUGGGAGUGGAGGCUAUUUUUUUAGGUUGUAUUUUUUUCCCUCAAAGGUACUCAAGCAAUUGCCUCUCGCCUCAUUUUCCAUAUAGCUGGCUUUUGGGUUGGAGAGGCCAGUGGGGACAAAGAUUUUUAGGCAGUAGUUUGGUCUAUAAGUAAAAAAGCAAUAGUUAAAUGAUGCAGGCCCUUCACAAUGGACUCACGCCUGGCCUCCCUCUGCGAACUGUGAUGGAACGUACUGUUUCUUUACCUAAACAUCUUCAGUUUGGGAAAUGUAAAACACUAACUUUUCUACAGAUGUAAAGACUUUAGAAAUGUUCAUUUAAUGUGUAUUUUGUAUUUCAGCUGCAAAAGUAAGGAAAUGCAGAAAAAAAAAUCAAACAUUGUAUUUAUCUGAAGUGGCCUUUUCCUGGAAUUGUCAUGCAAAAUAGUGCGGUUUUAUCACCUCUGUUUCAGAACAAAGUUGUCCUACAAUUCUUUACACACGUUCUUUGCAAAUCAGGGUAUUGAGCAUCUUUGCUGGAGGUUUACAGAAGGAAUCUGGUCAGAUUAACUCUGGAGGAGGAACAGUCAUGUGCUGUGCAGCUUUCUGGGUCAUUGUCCUGAGAAAGAAACUUGUCAGCUUUGUUUAAAAUCUGUUUCAUUGCAGAGAAAUUGUUCAGAGAUGUGGUCAGAACACUUUGCAGUAUCCUCCACAAACUGUUGAAUGAAACGGACUUCUUUUUCAUUGUGCUGAAAUCAUCUGUGAGCCUUAUGGCAGGCAGCAGUGCCCUGUGUGAGCCCAUGUCUGCCCAGCUGUGUAGGCUCCACAGAUAGACUGGCCUUGAAUUCCCACAGCUGUACACUCGGAACACGUGCCCCACCUUCUCUGUUGGAAAGAGGCGUUUGUGAGCUCUUCAGGCCAAGAGUUUGCAUUCAGACAUUGUGUUUUAGGAUGGAUCAGUGACUGAUUAUCCUUCCCCUUCUUGUAGAUUCCUCUAACCUCAUCUUCACACAGUCUCAAAAAUGUUCAUACUCCCGAGAGCUGUAUGUGUACCCAUACUUAAAACAACAGAGUGGCUCUGCUGUAAAAACAUUCCAAGCAGAAAGCAGGUUUUUUUAUACAUGAUUGCUACACGCUACAGUUGUGAGAAUACGGGCUUGGGUCUAGUGCAGGCAGUGUUUGACUUGAGAGUCCCCUAGGACUUGCACAGCCCACGUUUGACAUUCAGGAUUCUGAAGUGGCCAUAGGGCUGCCUUGCUGCUCUGAUGGGUGCCUGAAGGUGCAAACUAGACUUCUCUGUGGCUGGAAGAAUCUCCAUCAGAACAGUGCUGUGCAGGUUACAUGAUUUCAAGGCCAGGAUUUACAUAGAGGGGCUGCUUGCUCAUGGAAGAAACAGGUCAUGUCAUGUGCUUUUAGACCUCAUGGGAUAAUUAUUGGAAAGACAAGACAGCUGGACCCACGUUUCACUAAGAUCAAGUCCACGUCUGGCUAUUUUAGUAAAACCAGAUACUGAUUAAGUAGCAUGACAUUGUGUGUAAGUGUCUGAUGUUGUCUGGAAGGUGGAGAAGGAAAGGUGUCAACAUUUUGUUUUGAAGAGUUCAUUUAAACCUUUUCAGAAAGGACUUUUGUUUUCUAUGACUGCUAAGCCCAAUAACAAAAUUGCCAUAUUUGUGCUACCGCAGUAAGCUACUUUUAAUAUUGCGGAAUGCCAUAAUAAAUGUUUGACCUAUUGUUGGAUGAGAUUGUUUUAUAGCAUAAGGUGCCAAAGAAGACCUGUUUUCCAUGGGUUUUUUUGUUUUAUAAUUCGUGUAGAGACAAACUACCUAAUCUUCAUUUAAUGAUAUAAAUCUGUUUAACAAUGCUUUGAUUCUAAGACCUAGUUCUGGAGUGAAUUCCAAAGCCAAAUUGAUAGUCUUGGAAAUUGGCCACAGACUGGGCUGUAAUCUCUGUACAUUGAACUGAGCGAAUGGAGCUACACCUCUUUCUGUUUUCAGGCCGUCAUGCUGUACAGAAGGUAGUGGCUGGAUAUUAAGAAAGCAGAGACCAGAUAGAACUGUAGACCUCCCAGACAAGUGCUCGUUUUUGUUUCGCUAAAGAAAAUGAAUGAUCAAGAUGUAGAGCUUGCCUCGGUCUAGGGGACAGUUUUUAAAAGUGCCAACAGUGAUGCAGAAGAGAUGACUUAGCUGUGGCCCUUGCCUUGCCCUUGAGUGGCACAGCACUGCAACAGAGGAAGCUUCAGAGCUCGUCCCGCUGUGUGUGACUGUGCGGAAUAGGAAUUCCUCUGUUGUAACAGCCCGUUACAGGUGCCCAUUGGAAUACCCACUCUGCAUCGACAUUGAAGAGAAAUUAAAUAUAUUUGUGAAGAACAUGCAUUUUUCUGCAAGUGUUCCAUUUAAAAUUAUUUUUCAGUAGCUGAAAUUGUUUUCAUUUCCCAGUCCUUUGCUCCUCUCUCACUAUACAUAUGUAUUUACUUCCUGUUUCUCCUUCCAAAUAACAAGUAUAUUUUUCAAUAAAAGAAAACCUGGUAAUCUUUCCUUGA